ACCCCCACGACCCAUAUCCUGUUGGGACGACUUGCAUUACCAGGUCUAACAGCAACGAUGGUCACCAUCUCGCCAGAGGAGCAAUUUCAGAAGUACGCCAUCGAAGCCGCGAAGCGCAAGAGAGAAGAUGGCAUGGACCAAUUUCAAGAUUUGCACCUCGCCGACAACGAACGACUUCGUCACCUCGUAGAUGACCCUUUCGCUGACCACCCAGCACUUGACAAGCUCUCUCCUCCUCUUACGUCGGGUGAUCGUGUCAAGUUUCUCAUUGUUGGUGCCGGUAUGGGAGGUAUACUCAAUGCCAUCAGAUUGGUCCAAGCUGGUUUCUCUGCCGAUCAGAUUCGGAUUAUCGAGGUCGCUGGUGGCAUCGGAGGAACUUGGUAUUGGAACAGGUAUCCCGGACUUCAUUGCGACGUGGAGGCCUACAUAUACUUGCCGAUGCUUGAAGAGAUGGGAUAUGUGCCUCCACAAAAGUACGAGUCGGCUAUUGGGAUCCGGAGUUACCUAAUCUCCAUGGUCAAGAAAUACGGACUUGAAGACAAGGUCAUGUUCCGCACACAGUUGGAUGGUUUGCAAUGGGACGACAGCAUCCAAGCGUGGAAAGCAGAUAUGAGGACUGGGAGAGGGGAGAAUGGACAGGAGAAAAGCAUCCUUUGGGUGAAUGCCGAGUUUGUGUUUCUUUCAGUCGGCCUUUUCCCUCGCCCUCAGGUGCCAAAGGUCCCCGGACUUGCCGGUUUCGAGGGACCGAUGUUCCACACCUCGCGAUGGGACUAUAGUAUUACUGGAGGCUCGAGUGAGGAACCAUAUACAGUGAUGGACAAAUUGAAGGGAAAGCGGGUUGGUAUAAUCGGAACUGGUGCCUCUGCUAUACAAGCAGUUCCUGAGCUCGCCAAAUAUGCACAAGAGCUUUAUAUUUUCCAAAGAACACCCUCACAAGUUAAUGCUCGAGGACAACGUGACACCGAUCCAACAGAGUGGAAAGAGCGUAUCGCCCCCCGACCAGGAUGGCAGAAGGAGCGGAUGGAGAAUUUUGCAGACCAUGUGUCAGCUAAUCUCCCAGACGAACACGAGGACCUUGUAGCGGACGGUUGGAGUGGCUUAAAGGCUUUCUGCUCGAUAGUAGGCAGUGGACGCUUUGGAUUGAUCACUCCGGACAAAGCCCCAGGACAUAUCGCAACAAUGUUGGAGCGCGAUGCACCCCACACCGCUGGCGUACGAAAGCGAGUGGCUGAAAUUGUUGAAGACAAGGAAACGGCUGAAAAGCUCACGCCUUGGUACCCGACAUGGUGCAAACGCCCGACUUUCAAUGAUUUUUAUCUGCAGACAUUCAAUAAGUCACAUGUGCACUUGGUCGACACAGACGGCAAAGGAGUCGAGAAGAUUACACCACGAGCAGUCGUGGCCAACGGGAAAGAGUACCCAAUUGACAUCCUGAUUCUGAGCACUGGGUAUCGUUCGCCCGGUGUCGGUGCUGGAAAUCCUGCGGCGAAGGUGGGACUUGAGGUUGUAGGUCGUGAUGGUCGAAGUCUGUCGAAUAAGUGGGCAUCUCAGGGACCGACGACCCUCCAUGGUUGUUGUACGAACGGGUUCCCAAAUAUGUUUUGGUCCGGCCCUGGGCAAGCAGGUGUGACCGCUAACUUUGCACAUUGCUUGAAUGAGCUCUCCAAACAUGUCGCAUACAUCAUCGGAGUUGCUCAUGAGAGGGCUGGUGGCAAGCAAAAAGGUGGAGUCAUUAUCGAGCCCACGAUCGACGCUGAGGAACAGUGGAGUAUGUUAUGCAUGCAAGGUGCUGCCUACUUUGGUAGUAUUGCAACUUGUACUCCCGGUUACAUAACGUUGGAGGGCGACGUAUUAAAGGCGAAUCCGCAGGAGUUGAUGAAGAGGGCACGAGGCUCAACGUGGUAUAGGGGAAUGGUGCCUUUUGUUCGUGAGCUGGAGACGUGGAGGGAUGAGGGGAACAUGCGUGGCAUUGAGAUCAGGGUUACUUAGAUCGGGAUUGAUCAUGAUCUUGCUUCAUUUUUGUAAGCUGAUACUUGAUGUCGUUGUUGGGCCCACAAAAGCUCUUCCG